AUGAAGAAAUACGUGAACAUCGUAUUGAACAAUGUGGAUAUAUCACCAGGACGAAGUCGUGUGGCUGCAAUUCUAUUUGCUACUGAGCCAAAAGUAUCGUUCGGUUUCGACAAGUCGAACGAGAUUCUUCAGCUGAAUCACACAAAUUUUCCAGCAUCCAUCCGGAAACUACCAUAUCUCGGUGGACCUACGUUUCUGUCGAGAGCACUAACAUUUGCUGCUGGUUUUUUGUAUCAUGAGCAAAAUAUGCGAGACGGUAAGCACAGAAAACACAAGCUAAUGCCAACCCCCAAACAUGAUCGACUCCAGGUGAUGAUCGUCGUAUCGGAUGGCUACUCUGAGGAUAAUUUCACGAAUGCAGCUGCACUGUUGCACGAGAAACUUCAUGUGAAGAUCGCAGCAAUGGUUUGUCGAAGUUACAAUAAAGAGAAAUUGCUGCCGAUAACACGUUUCGAAGGCGCCAUAUUUGUUCGCGAAGAUACUGAAGCGCUGAGCAUUUGGUUAUGGCGACAACAGGCUAGUGAUGAUGGCAACUUCGUUGAUGGCGUUUUUUUUUUCAAAUUUCCUGUUGAAUGA